AAAAACAACUGCCUACCAAGCAGUACUUCUUGAGUUGAGAUGAGAGAGGCUUCGUAAAUGUUUUAGAUCUUGAUUUCAAAUUCAUUUCUAGAGGAAGAUCAUAAUGGAGAUAACUCAGAUGAAGUCUGGUGAUAGUGUUCCUAAGAUGGAGAAGGAUGAUGAGAUGCCUCCAGAUGAACAGCGUUGUUGUCAAACUGGUGGUGGCAGAUGGAGAUGCAAGAAUUUCAGGAUGAAUCAUGGUGCUGCUGCUAAUGAUGAUAGUCUUCCUAAGACCAAACUCUGUGAAAAUCAUUAUUAUGGAAAGUUUCCUUAUAAGAAGAAGAAGACAAGUGGAAAUGGUGAAACUAGGGCUUUGGAAAGGGGAAAGAAGGUAACAGGGGAAGGUGAUACAGCCGAUGCAAUUGAAGAAGGUGGUACUGCCAAAUUUGGGAACAAGAAGAAAAAUGUCAAAAGAACUGAAAGGUCUGGACAACUAAAAUCACUGACAAAACCUGUGGUUGAAACAAGGGCCGCCAAGCGGAGGAAGAUGGUAAUGGAAGGUGACCUGCUACUUGGUGAAACAAGUAAUCAACCAGCUACCAAUGAUAACUGUGUCUCUGAUACAAUUACGGAAUCUGCCGGUAUUCGGAGGAAGAGGAAGAGGAAAAAUGUCAAAAGAACAAAAAGGUCUGGAGAAUUGAAAUCACUGACAAGAGCCAAGGAUAAGAUUAAGUGUCUUGAAUUGUCUUUGGAGCUUGAGAGGAAGAAACUGGAAUGCACUAAACUGCAGGGUAAACUAGCCGAGAAAGAAGAAACUAGAAAGACAGCUGAGACUGAACGGACACCCGCGGAUGCCACUGCAAGUUGGGAGAAGAUGUUUUCCUAUUUGGAGAGUAGAUUCCAGAGGAAGGAUGAUGGAAAUUCAGCAAUGGAAUGUGUAGAGUCUCGCAUUUCUAAUUUGGAGAGCCAAUUCCUGAGGAUGGAAAGUGAACAUUCAACAAUGGCGGGAUGUGUAGAGUCUCGCAUUUCAAAGUUGGAGAGCCUAGUUCCGGGGAUGGAGAAUGAAAAUUCAACAAUGGGAUGUUUAGAGUCUCGCAUUUCCAAUUUGGAGAGUCUAGUCCAGAGGAUGGGAAAUGGAAAUUUAACAAUGGCUGUAGAAUCUCGCAUUUCGAAUUUGGAGAGCCUAGUCUUGAGGAGUGGAAAGGAAAGUUCAAUAUUGAGAUGUGUAAAACUGCGAAAUGGCGUUGCUGAAUCCAAAUCUAAUGCUGAAACCAGCAGUAGAGGGACGAAGGAUUCUCAUGUGUAUGAGUGUAAAACCAAAGAGAAGGUGCUCAAUGUGUAUGACGUUGGCGUCAAUAAGCAUCAUGAAUCAGAGUCAGAAUUUCCCAAAUACUCUGCUGUGAACAUUUCUUCUGGAUGUCUACAUUUAUCAAGUGGGAGUGAAAACAUUGAAGAAGGGAAUGGUAGGGGCUGUUCGGAUGUGAUACAAUCUCAGCAUGGAUCAUCAUCUCAAGAUCAAUUGGACAUGAGUAAGAAGCUUUUCGCCAACUUGGUCUCAGAUAAUGGUGGUGAAAGUCUUGGCGAAUCUGAAGAUUCUGAGACUUCUACUGAUUCAGGAACUUCUCUUGGUGGCCUUAUGGACAUGCUGGCGAUGAAAUAUAGGAGGAAUAGGAACGACGACAAAGAAGUGAAAUGGAAAUCUGAGGCUGAUAUGCUUUCUUCAUUUGAAGAGGAUCCUGAGCUCUGCAUGAGAGCUGUGUGUGCUCUCCAUCGACAGCAGAUAUCCGAAGACGAAAUAUCAGAAAAGGGGUUGUUCCAUUUCUCUGAUGUUCUCAGGAGCAAGCCUUUCUUGCUCAAGGCUGCAGAUGCACAGGGCAGGAAAGCCAGCCAACAAAAUGAUUACUACUUUGGCGAACUUUCUAAUGGAAGAGGACUGCAAAGGUGACUUAAAGAAGUCAUUGGAAGAGCUGGAGAUAUUUGAUCCAAAAGGGGUUGUUGACUGCAAGAGGAUGGCCAGAAGAUACUCGAUUCAGCUAUUCAGUGUCUACCAAAACGGAAAAGAUCCUUUUUUCCUCCCAGCUACAACUGCUAAGCCUAAGUGAUAGAUUGUUGUGUAAGUGGCCUUUGCUUUUUUGACUUGGCAUUACGAUCUUGCAUCUCCUUUUAACCUCUAAUUUCAUACACAUAUGAAAUGGACAGCCGGUAGUAAGUGAUAUUAUGGUAGUUACACUUCAGAUUAGCUCAUGGAACUGAUAGUGUGAUGCUUGAAAUCUAAACUAAAGCUAGAUUUACCUCUUCUUCUUUUUUAUUGUAAUCUCUAAUAGAACUAUUAACAAGGUAGCGGACUAUGUUGCAAAUUUUGCUGGAAAAACGGAGUUGUCUGUGUUGCAAA